AUGGCCUGCAUACACUGCGGGGCAGCCACCAUCUGGGACGACUCCGUCUCCUCCGCUGUCUGCACAGUCUGUGGCUCCCUCGCUGACCCCACCCAGUCUGUCCUCACUUCAGCUCUAUAUGCACCCCGGGACGAUAUCGAGACCUCACUAUGGGACCCGGCGGCACCGACCACGCUGAAGAGCGUCCGCUCCGGCAACAACUGGGACCUCGCCGGUCAAGGGAAGGAAUCCAGGGAUCGGAAGAACGCUGUCGCCAUGUCAGAGUUCAUAAAAUCUCUCGCGGUGUCACUCAACGCCCCCGGUCUAUCCCCGCGUGCCAUUACUCUCUUCACCCAGAUGAGGGCCGCGACGUCUUUCCGGUGGGGAAACAAGUCCCGCGCGGUCGCAGCAGCGUGUCUCGCAAUCGCACUGCGGGAAGCCAACCGACCCGACUCCUUGCACGACCUGGCGUCGAUCCUGCAGGUGCCCCCAACGUCCGUCUCGCGCUCAUUCACAUCCAUUACGACCACCCUUGGUCUGUCUCUAACACUAGUCGACCCUACAGUGCAUAUACCCACCCUCCAGGCGCACCUAUCUUCCCUACUCGCACCUCACCAAAAAGAAUCCACCCUACCAGUAUCCCUCAUCAACACCAUCCGACCCCUCUCUCUGCACUCGGUCUCCAGUACCAUGACCUCCCUGUCCCACCUUCUUGCACGGCUCAGUCCUCAGCACGACCUUCUCCGACUCCCCGUGCCCCCGACUGCUUGCGCUUUCUUCCUUCUCGCGCUAGAAGCAGAAGCCCGCGCGGCCCUCAACCCACUCGGCGACCUCGCAGCGGCCCUCGGUGCGCGCUGCCACGCUGCGAAGAGCGUCGUUAUGAGCCGGUACAAGACGCUCCAGGACGAGAUCGCGGGGUGGGUCGAGGCUGUGCCCUGGUUGGACAAAUAUGAAGGCAAGGACAAAGGAAAGAAUGGAAAGGCGAAGGUGGCGAAGCGCGUCGUGGUGGCGAGAGGGAUCAAGGACGUGAUUAAGUUCCAGGAGGAGGUAUGGCAGAAGCACAGCGUGAAGAGGCCGAGGCUAGAACUCGAUGUUAGCGAGGAGGAGGGCGAAAAUGAACAUAAUAACGAAGAAGGUUCCGUCAAGCCCCUGGAGGUUUCGACCGAACCACCGCGCAAGCGCCAAAAGCUAAACAACGCUCUAUCCCAAGCAACGCGCUUCCUCCUCGAUCCACUGAACACGCCCCUGUCUACUCCUUCUCCCCGUCCUUCUACCCACUCCAAACCCGCCCAACCCUCCACCCUCUCCCUAGCGACGUACAUCCUCUCCACCCCUUCCCUCCUCUCCUCCCUCUCCUCUUCCUUUUCUUCAUACCCAACGUACAUGCCCAUGCCCACGCGCCUCCAGCUCCUCGCGCUCGACCGGGGCGGCUCCUCCCCCUCCCGGAUCCCCGACGAGGAUCUCUUCGCGGAGGGCGAGCUGGACGGCCUGGUGAGGAGCGAAGAGGAAGUGGGGCUGUUGAGGAGGGUCUUUGGGUGGGAGGAGGGUGAUGGCGACGCUGAAUGUGGAGACGAGGAGCCUGGAGAGAAGAAACGUAAAAGGAAGAGGAAGAGGAAAGGUGGUGAACCUGGACAAGACGGAGCUGUGGAUGAGGGUGUUGUGAAAGGCGAGCAAGCGAGGAAGAGAAGUAAGAGGUUGAACUUAGAGGCGCUGCACCAGUUCUUCUCCAAAGACUGCGUCGACGACAACACGAAUACUGGCGUCGACGCGACCGACACCGACCGUAACGACUUCGACCUCGAUCUCGACGCCAACAUCCAGUUGAUUGGCCUCGAAGAAAUAGUCGGCUCCGCUGAGCCCUUCUUAGACAACAACGAUGACGACGACAUUGAAGAUGAUGAUGAUGACAACCCUAACGAGGGCUAUCCAGACCAGCGCUACGAAGAAGAGCGUCCUCCGUGA